UGGAGAUCUGUGAAUCUGGUUCCGGCACUUUCAAUCCGGGUCUCCAUCAUACGCUAUAACCGCAAGCCUCUCAUUGCGCUUUACUCUCUGCCUUCAUCUCCUACCCCGCAUUCCCCUCAUAUCCCCCUAUUCAUCGUGCUCAACGUCCCCCAGCUAUGUCUGUCAUUUCCACCGCUAUUACAGAUCUUUUCAAGAUCAAACAUCCAGUUCUUUUGGCUGGUAUGAAUGUUGCGGCCGGUCCUGAGCUCGCUGCUGCUGUCACCAAUGCAGGCGGUCUUGGCGUCAUCGGCGGCGUGGGUUACACUCCCAAGGUCCUUCGGUCGCAGAUUCAUGAGAUCAAGAAGGACCUUGUUGACAAGAAUGCACCCUUCGGUGUUGAUCUCCUGCUUCCUCAAGUUGGUGGGAAUGCGCGCAAAACCAACUAUGACUACACUAAGGGCCAACUCCCGGAGCUCAUCGACGUUAUCAUUGAGGAAAAGGCCUCAUUGUUCGUUUGUGCUAUCGGUGUUCCGCCCAACUGGGUCGUCGAGAAGCUUCACAAUGCCGGUAUUCCCAUUAUGAACAUGGUCGGUCAUCCCAAGCACGUUGCCAAAGCCCUCGACGCCGGCGUAGACCUUAUUUGUGCCCAAGCAGGCGAAGGUGGAGGACACACCGGUGACACCCCUGCCUCCAUUCUCAUUCCCGCCUGCGUCGAUGCUGUAAAGGGUCGCAAAUCAUCACUUAACGGUCAACCCAUCUACGUCAUUGGUGCCGGUGCCGUUUACGACGGAAGGGGCCUGGCAGCUAACCUUGCUUGGGGUGCACAGGGUGUAUGGGUCGGUACUCGGUUUGUUGCGAGUACAGAGGCGAGCGCACCGAAGGCACAUAAGGAUGCACUGCUGAGUGCGAGCUAUGAGGAUGCAGUUACGACUUUGAUCUAUACUGGCCGACCAUUGCGUGUGAGGAGGACGCCUUACGUCGACGACUGGAACAACAACAGACAAGCGGAGAUUAAAGAACUCACUUCCAAGGGAAUAAUCCCCAAUGAAGAAGAGCUCAAGAAACAUCCCGAGAAGUCUCUCCAAGCCCGUACUUUCCUCAUCGGCCGCGUCGCAGCUCUCAUUCACGACGUCAUUCCCGCCAAGGAUAUUGUAGAGGGCAUGGUCAAUGAAGCUGCUGAGAUCAUUCAGAACAAUGCAAGCAGGGUGAAGGUCAAUGUUCCGGCUAAGCUCUAGGAUGUAAUGGCGUAAUGGAGGGUAGUGUAUGAAUGUUGUACAGUCAAUCUAAUGGGAUACCUUGUAUACAUAUCUACUUAUUGCCCUGCUUUCUUCCAUCGUCAGUGUCUCUGGAUGAUGGUAUAAUGAAUGGUAUACAGAACAGUGAACACUGAGGCUCAAAAAAAAUAACCGAGGCUAUGGGUAUCAUUUGAAUGCACUCUUUCGUCUAUCUCCUAAUGCUAUGGCUCCUGCGAUAACUUUCCCUGUCCGAUCCAGCCCAAGCGUCUCAUUGAAGUUUGUCUUCACAGGGUCUUCUCGACCUCCAUUAUCACUAACCGCCCGCUUUCGUUUCG